CAGAUUUUACACUAUGAUCUCCAGUCCAAACAAACAGCGGGUGAAAAAGUCAUGAGGCUUAAAACCUGUUUUUCCCCCGAACACUGAAUGUGCUUGUGAUAAUGAAGAAAUGAAGAUGAUGGGCUCGAUAGAGAGUUGCUGACCUGUGAUGUGGGAGGAUGAAGAUGAGGAGGGUGAAGCUAAGGGUAAACCGCAGCCAGCUGCUGUAUCUGUCCAAAGAGAAAACAUCAGAAAAUUUCCAGAAAGAAGGAAUGCUGCAGGUUGGACGAAAGGAGACAGCUCUUGCUGAGAGAUUUUGUCGCCUGAGAGGAAACCUGCUGUUCAUCUUAAAGAAACAGGGAGGAGAACUGGAGGAGGUGUUGCUGUUGGAGAAAUGUAACGUCAUGAAGCUUUCAGGAGAUGGCAGACGGCUGGCUGUCAGCUUUGAGAGCGGCGACUCUACGGUCUUCCUGCAGUCCAGCAGCUCUGCAGAAUCUGCAUCUUGGCUCGUUGCUCUGAGAGACGCCAACACGGAGACGCUGAGGAGACGCAUCACACACCUGCACACGCUCAUUGACAGUCACUCACAAGAGCACACGAACACAACACGAGACAGCAGCCUGGAAAAUGAAGGGAGUACAAGUGGAGCCCAGUCAGCUGUUGAAGCUUCUCCUCUGCACCUAGCUGUCGAGUGUCGAGGCCUGGUUGCCAUGGCAGCCACAGUCCAGGUUCAAGUUUGUGUGACGAACGCCCACACAGGCAGGAAGUACUGCAGCACUCAGAUAGUAAAGACAUCAGAAGAUGGUGAGUUUCUAACCUCGGUGUGUUUCCGUGGAGACAGUCCUACGAACCAUCCGAACAGGAUCGAAGUCACAGUUUACCGGCCAGAGGAGUCCAUGACACACACCACGAGGAGCUUUAUGGGUUUCGCUUCUUUCUCCGUCAGAGAUCUACUCAGGUCCAAGGAACCUCACAUCUCCCUCAGCCUCAGGGCGAUGGAUGGAGUGAACGACAUCGGGGAGGUGAAGGUGUCGCGUCUACAGAUGGAGGAAGAUGGCGGAGAUAAAGCACCCGAACACCAGUGUCCUGCACUGUGCGACACUCUUCACAGCUCUGUCCAGGACAAGGAAAACAGUCCCAUGAUGAGAGCUGCACUGUGUGCUCACAUAUGUAAGGUGUACAGGUUUCAGACGGAGGACCGGAGGUGGCUGCUGGUGAGGGAACAGAUGUCAGAGACACCGCUCUCUUUCUCUUUACCCAAACAGCUACUGGACAUGCUCAUUCAGGAGCAAACAAACAGAGUUCUCGAACUUAAGGAGCUGGGUGAUCUUUCGCCCCACUGGGAUGGGCUCCGCCAUGAUGUCAUCAACCACUGUAACCAUCUGAUUGGCUGUUAUGAGGAAACACUGGCCGAGCUCAACAAGCUCUCAGCCUCGUCCUGCUUUAAGUCGAGCAGCACCAAGUCCGACAGACACCUUCAGUUUGUUCCCACCAACCUGCACUCGCAGAGGAUGGAGGUCACCAGUCCGAACAGCACAGGUGUGUGGUAUGAGGUCAUCACAUUCGGCGCUCCGGCCGAUCAUCACCACGCCUUCAAACAUGGAGGACUGAAGAGACUUCUCAGCAAACACUUGCACCGCAGGAACAGCUCUGUGUCUUAUACUCGGGAUGAGAGCUGCAGAGCCAGGGAGCUGCUGGCCAGCAUGGCCCAGCUACAGCCUCUGAUCUUCGGGCUCGCUGAGGAGCUUCUCUCCGUCUCCCUGGAGCUGAACGCCGCCCGGCUGCAGGAGGUCCUAGAUAACCUGAAGCUACAGACGGAGCUCUUUGUUCACGCUCUGAAAGACGAGCUGGUUAAAAAUGCCCUGCUGGCGAUCCACGACCAGGUCGCUUCGCGCUGCAACAGCAGCCAUGUCCACAGCAACGGGUUGCUAUGUGAGACCUCUUCAGAUGGGCAGGACGGACUGCCGUCACUCAGGCUGCAGGAUCAUGGCCGGCGCCACACGGAGUACGACGAGGAUGAGUGGGACAUGGUGUGGAUAAAUGUUGCCAAAAGCCUCAACUGUAUCAUCGCCAUGGUCGACCGGCUGCAGGGCCGAGAGCGCAGUCUGUCAAAGAGCUCGUCACCAGGGGAAUCCAGAGGAGAAGCAACACCUCUGAACACUGUCUCUCCUUCCUCCUUCUCAGCCUCCUGGCAGGAACAGCUGCUGCCUCUCGUCGUCACUCUCAGGGAUUGUGUUCGUGAGGCGGUGACGAAGGCUCGAGCUGCUAUGACCUUUGUUGUCCUGCAGGGGGCGGUGACUGCGACUGUCGCUCAGGGGUCUGCUCAGAUGGUCCAGAGACGCCACGCCGUCUUCAGCCAGGCGUUGCCAGCAGUUGUUUGUGGCUUCAUGCUGAAACUGUACGGAGGUCUGGAGGAUCCUGAUUUCCUGCAGCAGCUUCCUACCGUAGGGAUCCUGGCUCAGUUUGAAGGCCUGCUGAGCACCUAUGGUGAUGAGGUGGGGAUGCUGGAGGACAUGGAGGUGGGCGUGGCUGAUCUCAGCAGGGUGGCGUUCACCGUCACACAGGCCAGAACGGAGCAACCGGACGACCUGCUGCCGACACUCAGUGGAGCAUGGGGCAGUUUCAUUGUAGAGGUGCCGUUGCCCCUGGCAACCUUCAGUUCUUUGCCACAGGAACUAAAAGAUGGUUGCUUGAUUCGAGUUGAGCCGGUUUUGUUUAACAUUGGGAUCAACCAACAUCAGAGUCUGGCUGAGAGGUUUGGAGACAGUUCCCUGCAGGAGAGAGUGAAUCAUCAGAGCUGCGAGCGCCUUAAAGCUUAUUGUAACACACUGAGGGACACGCUGCCUCAUAUGGCUGGUAUCCAGUCGCUGGCAGACUUGUUGUCGUCUCUGGACCGUAGUGUGGAGUCCAGGAAGAGGAAGAACGUGGAGCUGCUGUGGAUUGCAGCAAUGGUGUGCCGUAAGGUGAACGGCGUGCGGCUGACGAGCUGUAAGAGUGCGAAGGACCGCACGGCGAUGUCGGUGACGCUGGAACAAUGUGCAAUACUUCGGGAGCGACACUCACUCGGUCAGCAACACUUCAGCACGGCGCUGGACUGCAUGAGGAGAUCCCGUCUGUCCUGGGGUCAGAUGCUGGGCUGUUAUGCCCACUCAGGGUUCACUGUCUCUGGGUUAGGUCCAGACCAGGGCCCCUCAGGUCUGCAGAGCUCCUGGCUCCCUCAGAGUUUGGCCCCCAAAGCUCCCAGACGGCACCUUUACCCGGUGGCCUUCCUCCUGGUGACCUCUCAUCUCCUGGUUGUUUGGCUCAUCCUCAGCCUGGUGAUACUGCUGGCCAAAUACCAGUAGACCAGCAAAGACUGGGAGCACUGGACGGCACGGACGAUAACAAAAUCAGUUUGAAUCUCAUUGCUUACGUCAGGUUUGUGGUCAGACUCAGAAAGUCACUGACGAAGAUGAUGAAGAGAAGCUGGAUUUCUGCAAGAAAAAUCAGAAUGAAUUAGCUCAGAUUCGUCUGAAAUGACACCAAAGAGUAAAAUCCACCACAUGGACAUGUUGGUGUAGACGCUGAUUUUAAUUUUUCUCUCAGUCAGACUGAAAAUGGAGGAUCCAGUAGCUCAUGGAACAAUCAGGUUUAUUGUAAAAGCUGCAAAAAGCCUGCAGUUUUUUAUGUGACUGCAUCUCUGCAGCAGAGUUAAUGUGGCCCCCAAAAAACAGUAGAUAUAAAUGAAGAGAAAUACAAGCUUAAAUAAACCUUUAAUUCAAAAGCAUCUAACUCUCUACUGUCUUGUUCUCAUUGUGGACACGAUGGUCCGUAGUGGGAUAAACAACCCAAGCCUCCACCAAUCAGUCUGUUCAGUCACUUUGCUUCUUCAUGUCACCACCGAUGAUCUGAAAUGAAGGAGUUUCACACAAAAUAUUCUAUAUUUAUGUGUAAUAUAUUUAUUUAUUCUAUUUAAAGCUUUAUUUAGAAUAAACUGUGCACAUUGAUAAACAUCUGAAUGUAAAUGUCCCAGGAACAUUUAGCAUCUGUGUUUCAUCGACCGAAUGUUAAAAAGGUCAGAAAAUCCAGAAAUUAAAAGGUCACAUGAAACAUAAAUAAAACAUAUAAUCAGAUCUUACAGUAGUAGAAAAGAAUAACUAUAAAGACAUAAAACAUGGGUAAGAAUACUGAACUAGUCUAUCAGUGCUGAGCAGCCGUUUCUUCAGACUGGAUUUAAAUACUUUUAAUUCACUAUUUCUCUGACACUGGCUGCAGCUUUAAUGGAAAAAGCAGUUUGUCCAUGUUUCCUUCUUCACUGUGAAAAGUUCACCUUAAUAAACUGUCCAAGAACAGAAGGAGCAGGACCAUCCAGGAUUUUAUACACCAGACAGCAGUUUGUAUGUUUGUCCCAACAGCUUGUCGGGAGAAGACGGGGGUUGUGAUGUCUGGGUUUUCUGUCGAGGUUGGUUUAUACAGACAAUAAAGAGAAGUGGUACUGGCCUUAGACCAUGUUGUCAAACACUGUGGGAUAUGAUAGUUUUGGUCGUAAACCAUCUUUUAGUCUGAAAGCUAUGCAAUCUUUUGUACAUGAGGCCCCUGGAGACUUGUUUGAAACCAGAAUAAAAUAUUCUGCAGAGCUUAUAGACUUAUUAACACAGUUUCUGAUUUGUGAAACUAUUUAUGAAAAAGAAAGAGGAAAAAAAAAUAAACAACUUUUUAAUGUUUUUUUUUCUUUUUUCAUGGACAUCUACCACAUCCAGAUAGAGUACUAUCGCCAUCUACUGACCGUUCCUGGUAUUACUGUGUUAAAUAGGAGCUGGAAUCUGUAUACGUUGUUAUAACAGAUAAGUUACUAUAAAACAAAGCAGUCUGUAAUUUCUAAAAGGGAAAUCAUUCUCAAUAAUAACUUUUUUGUGUUCAAGUUGAUUUUUUUUAUUUUUCUCAUCCCUAAACACACCCCACCCUCCCUCUACAAUUCCCCAAACUCCACUCAGCCCACGACAAGAUCACAACCCUCCACCUACACUAAGUGAUGGAGCUAAUCACCAGGGACCAGAGGGAGUGAAAAUCAUCUGAUUGUUUGGGGAGGCAGACAUUGUUUCAAUACUGAUGUGAUCUAGUAAGAGGUUCCUUAACUUAACUAACAGAUUAUUUCUGGUUUUCCAGUUCACAAGGAUAGUUUUCUUUGCAAUGCAUAAGACUUUGAAAAUAAUAUGUAUAGAGUUAAUUGGUAAUAUCCCCCAAGUCACCUAGCAGGUACAGUUUGGGAUUUGCAGGAAUAUUGCAUUUAAGCCAUGUUGACAUGUCUUCACAUAUGUGAAGCCAGAACCUGCAGGACAGGUGUGCAGGACCACAAGGCAUGAAAAUAGUUGUCAGUUGUGUUGUCAGUGCAGUAUGAGCAGAUGUUUGAUUGUGACAGACCCAUCCUGAACAUCCUUUGUUUUGUAUAAUGAGUUCUAUGAAGAAUUUGUAAUUAUAUUAGUGGCAUAUUUGAAUUCUUAGAUAAGUUAAGUUUAAGUGCUACUGAUUCCAUAUUGUAAAGUGAGUGUCAAAUGACAAGACAUUUCCUUUUCUGUUAAAUGUUCUGUUUUUUCCUUUAUUUUUACAUUGUGUGAAGUUAAUCAUCUUUUUGUUUUGAAGGAUACU